CGCGCUCAGUACGCGAUCGUCUCGCGCUCGGACAAAACGUCUCCGAGCGCAUGUCUCAGAGACAGAGAGAGAGAAAGACAAAAAGAGAAAGAGGGAAAGAGAAAGAGAGAGAGAGAGAAAGUGAGAGGAGGAUCUGGAGCGGAAAACAAAUACAAACCAAAGAUACAGGUUGUGUUUUAGUUUAAGUACAGAGGAGAUUCAGGAGCAAGAAGUGAUAUUUCCGCAAGAAAAAGAAGAAGGAGAAAAAGAAGAAGAAGAAGAAGAAAAAGACGUGUUUUGUUGUUACUCCGUUAACACAGUUCAGGUUGUGAGGUCACUGUUCAGUCUCGAGAAACUCGAGGCUCUGAAACACACCCCAAACUGAAAGCGACCGUCUGAUUUGCAUGUAUUUUCCCUUCUUGAGUCCCAGAGGUAUCCGUGACAACCGUGCUGACAUUCCUCAUCCUUUGCUGUUCCCGCCUCGGACCUGCGAAACCCAACUCUCUGCAUUUAUCAAAGACGAGAACAAUCGUCUAGUAAAGAGAAGAGUGUGGUGUUGGACAGAAUGACUCAUUCAGGGGAAGAGAAAACCAUGAUGUGCAGUGGAACCUUAUAAACGCACACACGCAGUCUCUAUGGGCAUAUAUUGCACAUUUGUGCUGAACUGAGGCUAGGUUUUACUACUCUGUGGUCAAGAUGCCAGCGAAAGGGAAGUACCUGCUAAACGAGCAGAAGCUGAAACAGGAAGCACUGUACAGGAAGUUCUUGUGCAUCAGCCAGUAUCAGCCUCUGGUUCUGCUGCUCUGGCUGAGCAUGCUCACAUGUGCUAUCCUGCUGGUGCUGUUUUUCAGCUUGCAACUGAGGGUACAUAGCCAUGUAGCGUUUGUGGCCGUGGUCAGCGCUGGGCUGGUUGUGUUCGUGGCUGUGUUUGUGUUAGUCUGUGCUGAGGCGCUUACUCAGAAAUGGACCAUGCUGUUGGGACUGGUGGUAUGGGCUACACACCUCACUAUGGGAUUUACCUUCAUCUAUUGCACAGAACGCAUUCUUCCUUGGGACCAGGUGCCUUUCUUCCUCUUCAUCAUCAUCACAGUGUUCACGUUACUCCCCUUCCAGAUGUGGUUUGCUGUCGUCCUCAGCAUAGUCUCUUCCCUCUCUCAUAUUAUUGUCCUGUCAGUGCACUUCACCUUGUCUGAAUCGAAGCCGAACCUCACCAAUCAGCUCUUCUCGAAUGCGGUGGUGUUUGUGUGUGGGGGUGCAGUGGGAGCGUUUCAUAAGGUUCUAAUGGAGAAAGCACUCCGGCAGACAUUCCAGGACACGCUGCGCUGCCUCAGCAUCCGCAUGAAACUGGAGAUCGAGAAGAGGCAGCAGGAGAAUCUGUUGCAGUCAGUAUUGCCAGUGUACAUUUCGAUGGAGAUGAAGCUGGCCAUAAUGGAGCGCUGCAAAUGCAAAGAUAAGGAGGCACAGCAACGACUCGUCAAAGACAAUAACUUUCACAGUCUUUACGUCAAGAGGCACGAGAACGUGAGCAUCCUUUAUGCAGACAUUGUUGGUUUCACUCGUUUAGCCAGUGACUGUUCUCCCAAAGAGUUGGUGAUCAUGCUGAAUGAGCUCUUUGGAAAAUUUGACCAGAUUGCCAAAGAGAAUGAGUGUAUGAGGAUAAAGAUCCUGGGUGAUUGUUAUUACUGUGUGUCCGGACUACCUGUCUCUUUACCAAAACACGCCAAGAAUUGUGUCAAAAUGGGUUUGGACAUGUGUGAGGCUAUUAAGUAAGUACGCACAGGAGUGGACAUUAACAUGCGCGUAGGCGUGCACUCUGGAAACGUACUCUGUGGGGUCAUCGGUCUGCGCAAGUGGCAAUUUGACGUCUGGUCACAUGAUGUCACCUUGGCCAAUCACAUGGAGUCUGGAGGGCUGCCUGGCCGGGUACACAUCACCGAGGCUACAUUAAAGCAUCUGAAUAAAGCAUACGAGGUGGAGGAAGGAAACGGCCAUCUCAGAGACGCUUACCUGAAGGAGCUCAACAUCAAGACUUACCUGGUUAUAGACCCCCGGUCUAAGGACCUGUCCCAGAGCAGUCGUAGCAUUCCUAAGCAGCGUGUAAAUGACGGUUUGAAGAUGCGAGCCUCUGUUAGGAUGACGCGCUACCUGGAGUCGUGGGGGGCUGUGAAACCCUUCUCCCAUCUCCAGAGCAGAGAGGGCUUUAUCGCUGACACUAUGGUGACCAGCAAGAAUCGCUUCAAGGACAUUCCUAUGAGAACAGCGCCAUCAAAAAUGACAGAAAGGAAUAAGUCUCAGAAGACCAAGUUUGAUGAGCAGCUGCACAAUGAGAUGAUUACCACCAUCGAUGAGCUGGGCUCUAGCAAGCAGUGGGAUAAAUCGGAGGAGAUUUCAGGUCUCACUUUGUGGUUCACUAAGCGUGGGCUUGAGAAGCAGUACAGGACUACAGAAAUGUCAAGUUUUAAGUACUACAUCAGCUGUGCCACCUUUAUCUUCCUAUGUAUCUUCAUAAUUCAGAUGCUUGUCACACAACAACCUAAGAAGCUGGGAUUGGUGUUUGCGUUGUUGUUGUGUGUGUUACUCCUGACCCUUGCCAUCUGUUUUGCCGGUCACAUUCAGAAACUGUUUCCAGAAAGGUUAGAAUCCUGUCAGUGGUUACCAGCGAUAUCCAAGGCUGUGGUCAAGAGGCCUUUUGUGCGCCUCCCAUUAGCAGCUAUAGUUACAACGGUUAUUGUUAUCAUCGCCUUGUUCAACUUGUGUCUUUACCCAGCUGAUUACUCUGUAUGGAGGAAUGAAAGCAGAAAAGAAGCUUUUAAUAAUGAAAAUUUGUUCUGUUUGCCCUAUUCGGUGUAUAGCUGCAUCCUUACAUUAUUGGUGUGUGGAGUAUUUUUGAGAGUGAGCUUUGAGCUGAAGGCGGCCUUCCUCUUCGUCGCAUCAGCCAUUUAUUACAUCAUCAUAUGCUGUACCCAGAAUGAACUGUUCGACCUGUACAACUGCAGGCUUUAUGAAAAAUCCAACAGUUGCAGUACUGAGGAUUUCAAAAAUUCACUGAUGAACGGAGGACUAAUGAAACAUCCGCAAUCUAUGAGCUGCAUCUACAUCACACUGUUCCUGUUUACCAUGCUGCUUAUAUCACGUCAGGAUGAGUUCUGCUGCCGUCAGGAAUUCCUGCUGAAGAACAAGAACCGCACAGAUAAGGAUGAGAUUGAGCUGUGUGAGAAUCUGACGCGUUUGUUGCUGGAGAACGUUCUCCCGGCUCACGUGGCCGCUCUGUUCGUGGGCGAGAACAAAAAGAACGAGGAUUUGUACUACAAGUCGUACGAAUGCGUGUGUGUGAUGUUUGCUUCAGUUCCUGACUUUAAGGAGUUCUACACGGAGUGCGACAUCAACAAAGAGGGACUGGAGUGUCUGAGGCUGCUCAAUGAGAUCAUCGCUGACUUCGAUGAAUUGCUGUCUAAGCCAAAGUUCAGCGGUGUGGAGAAGAUCAAGACUAUCGGCAGCACCUAUAUGGCUGCUGCAGGGCUCAGUGGAACACCUGGACAAGAGACAAACCAGGACCGCGAGCGGCAGCCGGCGCAGAUCGGCAUCAUGGUGGAGUUUGCCAUCGCUCUGAUGGGGAAGCUGGACGGCAUCAACCGCCAUUCAUUUAACAGUUUUAGACUGCGUGUGGGGAUAAACCACGGGCCGGUAAUAGCGGGGGUGAUCGGCGCACGCAAGCCGCAAUACGACAUCUGGGGAAACACUGUGAACGUAGCCAGCCGAAUGGAGAGCACCGGAGAACUGGGCAGGAUCCAGGUGACGGAGGAGACGUCGGACGUGCUGCAGAAUCUGGGAUACUCGUGCGAUUGCCGAGGUCUGAUCAACGUGAAGGGGAAAGGCGAACUCAAAACAUUUUUUGUAUGUACAGACUCCAAUAAGCAGCAGGGAAUGGGGCUCAGCUGAAAGUGCUCACGUUCACGUACAUGCACACAAACACGGCUGGAUGGAUGGCGUUUUCCAUUUUUUUUUUUUUAACGGUAUUUCUUGGAAUGUGAAUUGUUUUUUUAUGCUGUUAUAAAAGCCUGAAGGAACUUCAAAAUGUUGGAAGGCAUGGGACAGAAGCCUAAAAAAUCCUCACAAAGCCAGAAACUUUGAACAAAUAUACAUUUUACAGACUGGCCCAGACUGAACGUUCCCACCUAAUGCUGGAGUAGCAUUUUUUUGUGUGUGUGUUCAGUGCCCAUGAACUUGCACUGUUCUGAUCCUUAAAAACUGUGGAUGCAAGUAACUAAACUCCCAGAAGAGGAAACUUGGUCUUUUCUGUACUGCUGAUUGACACCGUAGAUCUUUUUUCGUAAACCUGCCAUUACUAGCAAACGAUGGAAUCUGCAGACUCAACCAGGAAGAGGAUGUAUUAAUAUUAUUAUUAUUAAUAUUAUUAUUAUUAUUAUUAUUAUAUUACCAUGACAUGUUAUGACAUGAUGUGAAAAUUUUGGAAGGACAGAAAUCCUUUUUGAGAAGUUGCUGUCGAGUUCAAACUGGGUUUCCCGUUUCCAUAAUUUCCUUCUAACUGCAACACAUCAAUAUUAAGUAAUUUAGUCAUCUGCUUACUCAUCCUAAACAUAACAUAGCAAAAAUAAAUAAAUACUACGGUACAAUCUGUUCGAUUGCAAAAAAAAAAAAAAAGGAAAUAUUUCAACAUAUUUCUGAAACAUUUUUCUAACAUGCCCGACACCCAUUAUGACUCCUUCUAUUUGAGACGUAUCCAUGUUGCACUUUCCUGUUAGCCAUGAGCUGCAGCUGCUUGUCUGUAUGAUGUGAUGUAUAAGGAAGGGGCGGAGUCUGUGUGCAGAUAAAGCAGACAGGGUAAACAGAAUGUAGGUGUACUGUAACAUGACUGAACUGAAACUAACAUCUUUCCCAUUUUAAACUUCGGUGUAAGGUGUACAGUGUCGUAUGGAAUAAACAAUUUCCCAUGUUUCAGGUGCGA